AUGAGUGCGAGGGCCCUUGAGAUUCAGUCUCUUGGGCGGGAGAUCAAUUCUGUGCGCGAAUUGCUUGGGCAGCUCGAGGCUCGCCUGCAGGCUCUCGAAGAGGAGAAGGCUCUCCCGGUCCUGCUUCCGAACGGCCGGGAUGAGGUGGAGUUGAUCUCUCCCUGGCCUUCGACCUCCGAGGAGGUCUUCCCCGAUCGCUCCUGCCGGGCCCAGCCGGGCGGUCCCACUUCUAUCUUCCGCACUCAGGUGGCCCGGGAGGUGCAUUUGCGCUCUUCGUGCCGAAGCGCCCUCACUUUGCAAUCCCGGCUGUACAUUGUCUUGGCUGACUUCGAGGGCCGCCGAUUUCGCGAGCCCCUUGUCUUUUCUUCCUUUGGGGCAGCCAAGGCCCUCUGCAUUCGCGGCCCGGAUAAAGGGCAAUCGAUCUUUGUGGGACUCCCGUCCCAAGCUGAGGUGCUGACCGCUCUCCAGGAAGCUGGCCUUUCUUGGCCUUCCGCGGGCCUGGAUGGGCAGCCCGACACGCCGAUUUCGCGAGUGCUGACCGCUCUCCAGGAAGCUGGCCUUUCUUGGCCUUCCGCGGGCCUGGAUGGGCAGCCCGACAGGGUGUUGGCCGCUUCAGAGGACGAUCCAGGAGAGCCACAGACCGGAGUCAGGCUGAAAGUUUGGCUGGGAAUGCUGCACCAGCCGCUCGAGGAGUGCAUCGACUUCGGUGUGGAUGGGGAGCUGGAGCCCGAUGUGCCUUUCUUGGGCUUUGGUUCUCGAUCGCAGGAGCGCUUGGACCCCUAUGGCCCGUCUCUUUCCGCCAUAGCUUCGGAGCACUUCGCCUUUCUGACACUGGCCGAGGAGGGUGGACCGCCUCAUGUGGAGAGCGGGGGCGAAGGUUCGGCUUGGGAGCAUCGGCUAACUCGCCUCGAGGCUGGUCUUGCCAAGAUGCAGGAGUCUAUGCAGGCUCUCUUGGACGGGGCGCCGCUCUCCGACGGGGCAUCUCAAGGACGCGGGAUCGGAAGUUUGGCGGAGGCGCCAAGCAGGCGUCCGGCACUUGCUGGGCUCGAUCCGAGCGUGGUGGAGGCUGCUCGAAAGGCUGGGGUUCCAGAGGAGCAGUUGGUUCGGAUGUCGCGACUGGCUACCAAGAGCGGCAAGCUCUCCGAAGCCAAGGCCAGGCCGAAGGCGAAGGCGCAAGCGGUGCGUCUCGAUCCUCUGGACGAGUCGGAGGACGAAGCUCUCCCCGGAGCCGGGGGUACAGGAGCAGCCGGAGCGAGCGAUCCAGUGUCGCUGGCCGUGGUGCAGAUUGGGCAGGUUCUGCAGGCUUUGCACCGCGAACGCGACCGGAAGAACGACCUGGAGGAUCUCUUGGACCUGGCCGAUUCUGGAGCUGGGGAGGCCCUGGGCGCAACCACGGGGGGAAGCCGCUCGAAAACGGCAGCCUACUUGAAGCUGCGUGGCGUCCUUCGCUCUUCCCCCGAGCUGAUAUCGUCAUCCAUCGUGAACUUGAUUCACGAGGACUUCGUCGGUGCCCAGACGGGUUCGCAUCAAGGCGAACGGCACGUCACUGUGAGGGGGUGGCUGGAGCAUCGCUCCCACUUGCAGUCCUACGCAGGGCCCAUUCGCCAGGGAUGGACGCUAGCGACAAUAGUGGACUUGAUCAACUCAGGCAACGUCGAUCAGGCAAAAGCCACCGCCUUAUUGGCCAUCGCGGCCCUCGACCAAGCAGCAAUCGAUUCCGGCACUUGGUUAUUGGCGGCAGAGUUCGCCAUGGACACCCAGCCUCCAUUCGGUUCUUUUCAACAUGCGCGUGUUCUGGACAGCCUCGAAGCCCGACAGACCCGGAUCAUAGACCCUCGCUGGGUUUCCCUUUACAUGUCGAGGAUCCGCGAACGCGAUGCGUUCCACACCGCGAAAAAGAACCUCAGCAGUGGUUCGGGAGGCGGUGGGGGUACACAGAUCCCGCCAGGCGGAGGAGGAGAAACCGGCACUGGAGGAGGCGAUGCUGGGAAGCCACCUCGCAGGCCCCCGAAGGGUCCCGGGAAGGGCAAAGACAAAGAGAAGGAGGGAGCCAAGUGA